CUACAGCCAUAAAUAAUUUAUCAACAUUACGUACCAAAGGUACCUCAAACCAAUAUCAUCAACAAUCCAUCCCUUUUGUUAUUUAUAAAGGGGCAUCCAAGAGUAAAGGAUAUCUAGGGGACAAAAUUAUUAAUAUUACAACACCCUCAUCCCAAAACUGUUUUCCCUUAUUCUUUUACAAAGAGAAUAUCAUUUUUGAAACUAUCGGGUAUAAAUUAUUGGUGAAGUCCAAUUUGCCUCCUUCAAACAUCAAACAAAAAAGACUUUAAAACCUAUUAAAUUACGUUCAGAUAGUGUGUCAAAGACAGUUCCUUCGUCAUUUCAAGUUUCAAUUCUAUCAAGCUGCGCAUUCCCUUAAUUUUGUUAAGAGUACACCUGUUCAGUCAUCAAUCACAGAAAACUCAUUAACAGACCGCAUGACGGAGCAAAUAGAGACAAUAAGUGCUAAAGGAAGCACUUCAGAGCAAAAUGAUAACAAAAAAUCAGCAUCCUCUGAGACUAUACCACCAUCAACACCAGAAAGAACUCAUCGUUCCUCGUCAUCCUCAUCAAACACAAAUUCCAAGAAUGAUCCUAUAAUACCAUCAACACCACCAUUAAACUCAAGAAGAAAGUUUUCAAGUGGAAAUUUUCAAUCUCCAGGAGAUUUGGCUUCAAACCCAAAUACUUUAUUACCACCAGCCACACCUUUUAUGAGCUCUACAGGUAAAUUUAGAUUAUCCAAUGUGCCUGAAACUCCAUUUUCUGCAAAAUCUACAAAUGAACUCACCACAUCACCUUUGAAAUCACCUUCCCAAUUUAAAGAUAAUGAGGAUUCUGAUAAACCUCCCAUUAGACAAAUAUCUUCAACUUUGAAAGCUAGGUUAAGUUAUGCAUUUGUUAAAUACCAACAUGGAUGGGCAAAUCAAUCAUUAGAUGAAUUGGAAAAGACGAUAAUGAAUAAGGAUUCUGACUUGGAAGAACCCUUUAAAGAUUUGGCAUCAUCACAAAAAUCAAGAACUUAUGAAGAAUUUUGGAAUAAUACCAAUGGUAAAUCUCCUCAAAAAUUAUCUCCUUCAAAAGUUACCAAACCAAAUAAUAGUUUACUGAAGUCUCCAACAAAAGUUAAACUUGAAAAUGCACAUUCAGUGGAGCAAUUACAAGAUGAUGGUUCUGCAAACUUGGCAUUUUUACAAGCAAUAUCUAAAAGCAGAUCACCAAAGAGAAGAUCCCAUUUACAAAAUAAUCUAAGAAUUGAUGCAUCAAAAUUCCAACAACAGCAACAACAGAAUCCAGAAGCAGACGCUGUAGAGACAUUAAUGUCCCUAUCGUCACCUCAAUCAUUCAAACCAAAGACUGAUUUCAUACCUCAACAAAACCUACCCAGACAAAGACUGUCAUUUGGUGAUCAUUUAGUUCGACAAUCCCCAAGACAAACACAUCCACAUUCACCUCAUCAUUAUCAUCCUCAAGCACAAGGGUUCAAUAAUCAUCGUCAUGCAAAUCAUCAUAGUCAUCAUGCUCGUUCGGGUUCUUCAAAUGAUAAUGCAAUAGAGACGGAAAGUGAUACAGAGUACGAAGAGUCUAAUACAACAGAUGAAGAAGAUGUGUCUACCCAAUCUCAAAGUAAUGGCACAAAGACUGAGAAUGACGAGGAUGAGGAUGUGGAGAUAAGGACCAGUAGUGGCACAAAGAGCCCAGAAUCAUAGAAUGCAUUGUUUUGUUUGAUUUUUUUUAAAGAAGUUGAUUUUAGUUCAUUUAUCGUUUAUUUUUUUAACUAUACUUAUGAUUCAUUUCUUUUAAGUGGCCUUUGACCCAUGUUUUAAUACUUUUUAACUUUUUGUAUACCAUACAUGAAUAGACAGUACGGAGUGCUGCAAACGUUUUCAAUUUCUAAUAUUAUAUCCAUACAGUUAAUGCUCAAUGUAUACAACAGA